AUGCUGAUCUCGCUCUUCCGAGGACAGUUCCUGUCACUCAAGAAGUGCGAGAUUCUACCAGUCACGGCUCUACAAUACCUUGGCAUCAUCUGCGAUCCGGAGACGAUGACCUUCCAGAUCACCCAAGAGAGUCUGGACAAGCCGCAUGACUUUCUGCAAACAGCCCUGGCCGAUGGGUGCGUGUCCUACCGAACGCUGCAGCGCGUUGCGGGCAAGUACAUGAACAUGACCGUGGCGAUCCGACCGGCGUCGGUUUGGACGCAUGCCAUGUUUGCCGUUCUCCCCGCGAUGGACAAAACCAACCAGCGUCAGGUCGAUUGACACGUGAUGCUUACGCGGAUCUCGGGCAAAAGUUCGAGAAGUGCCUGUCGCUGACGGCCUCUUCACACGAAGGACCUUGGUAGCGAGCGAGCCACCUCAUCGUCAAAAUCGACGAGUCAUCGGACGCGUCUUCCCUUGGCUGGGGUGGCGCUGUCAACAUUGAGGGAGCCCAAUACCGCGCUGGUGGCGUGUUCCCCUACGAUUUGCUACGCCAACGAAACAACAACGAGGAGGUGUUUGCGUUGUACCACGUGCUGCGCCUUUUCUGUGUGCGUUUACCGACUAACUUGCAGCGAGCGCACGUGUUCACCGACGUCGACAACACCGCGGUGUAUGGAUCGUUCAACAGGGGGCGGGCGCGCGACCCUGCAACGCAUGCGCUUCUUGUUCGUUUGUUUGAGCUGUAUGCAGGUCGUAUACGAGUUUAUGCUGUCCCUCAAAUGGGUCCCGUCGGCUGCCAAGCCGUCGCGGAUGAUGUCUCUCGCCCCUCGCGGGGGGCGCACUCUAAUGUUUUGCAUGUCUUAACGGUUGGGCCAUUGACCACGCGUCCUCGAGAGGACGGAGCAUUGUUCCCACAGGACCGAUUGCCGAUGGCCAAUCGUUCCUUUCUACUUUGCCAAAGGUGACUCAAAAAUGUCUUCCCUAGUCGGUCCAUCCUAACGAUAUCUCUUCCCGCCUUUGCAACCCACCUCCUAUGCCCCAGUACAGCUACCGUCCUUUCCUCUCUUUUCCAUGCCUCAAACAUCUCCCUGUACGUUCCAUCUAUUUUUCCCAGCUCAGUCACGUACACUUCCCUCUCCUUGUACAACGGACUUUCCGGCGACUAUAUGAACGAACACGGUCUUCGCAUUCGAAGCCGCAAUCACAUUUGAACUCGUCGUCUUCCUCGUCGACCGUCCUAUGUCUUCGUCGACGUUCCCGAAGGCCUAUGUCCCCGGUCCUGAAGUUGACCGUCGGCUUUGUUCCUGCAUCCAUUGGUCCAUGUACGUAAUCCUUGAACCGUAUUCCUUCCUUUAACGUUCCGUACACUUCUAGACCCUCCUUAUGCUUGAAUUCUUUCUUUAGGUUCUGUUCUUCUCUCUCGGCACAAGCAACAGACAUCUUCUCCUUGAACCCCUGUAGACCCGUCGUUCCAGAGUUUCAUCUUCGUCGAUGUCGAGCCCCUUCUAUACGUCCUCUACAACCAUGACCCAUUCCGUGGGUUGUCUACCCCUUUUUUUGUUUGCCCACUUCGCCUCCCAUGCAAUUCUCGGCAACCUUUCCUCUCCCAUCCCGCACAUGCGAUACUGCCAGGUCAGCUUCCUCGCGUCUCUUCCCGACCGUAGGGAUUGGAUCCCCAAUUCUGCCCUGACGGCUGCAUUACUUGUGCGCCUGAAGCAUCCUAGGAUGAUUUUCGCUGCUUUCAUCUGCGCCGCCUCGAGUUCUUUCACUACCUUCGUAUUUCCUCCCCAUACUUCUCCGGCGUACUCUAACGGCGGUACGAUUGCGCUCUUCAAAACCGUCAAUUUGAUGCGUGUAUCGAGGUGCCGGUUUGCGAGUAUUGGGUGCAGCUUCCCUGCUCGUGCUUGACCCUUUUCCGCUACCUUGGACAUGUGUGCAUUCCACGAGCAGUCUUUUGCGAUCUCUACUC